AUCAAUGGUCAGGUGCCUGGCCCGAAGGUAGAAGCCAAUUGGGGCGACUGGAUUUCUAUCACGUUACACAACACACUUCAAAACAAUGGAAGUAGUCUACACAUGCACGGCUUUCGCCAGUUCAAGACAAACGAAAUGGAUGGAGUUCCUUCCAUCACUCAGUGCCCAGUAGCACCCGGUGACAGCAUCACAUACACAUUCCGCGCCGACAAUUACGGCACGAGUUGGUAUCACUCUCAUUUUGCACUCCAGACUUACGAAGGUUUCUUUGGCCCGGUUGUGAUUCAUGGACCCACUGCAUUGGCGUACGACUACGAGGAGGCUAUCGUCUUGUCUGACUGGAGUCACACACCUGUCGACCAAAUGAUCGAUGCUGCGCAAAAUGUCGGUCCGUUCCCAGCAAACGGCCCACGUACCCUUGACACAGGUCUGAUUAACGGCCUCAACACCUGGGGGCCCGACAGUAACUCUAACCAGCUUGGCAAGAGAUUCGUGCUGAAUGUCAAGCCCAACAAGAAAUAUCUCCUUCGCAUAAUCAGCGCCUCCAUUCAAGCUACCUGGAAAUUUCAAAUCGACGGCCACAAGUUCAAAGUCAUCGCCACGGAUUUUGUCCCCAUCACUCCAUAUGAAACCACCAUCCUCAAUGUCAAUAUCGGCCAACGUUACGACAUCGUACUCGAGACGGAUCAAGUUCCCGGCAACUACUGGAUGCGCUCGGAUAACCAAGAGACUUGCGGCUCCAUCAGACAGGGCAAGGACAUUAAAGCUAUUCUUCGUUACGAUGGCGCGAGCCCGGUCAACCCGAAUUCCAGCCCUUACGCAUACGUCGAGGAGUGUAGGGACGAGACAGCCACCAAUCUGGUUCCCGUCGUCCCGCUCACUGUCGGCGCUGCAGCCGACGAGGUCAACGAGCGCAUCUUCAUCGCACCCUAUGCUCCCGUCAACCCCAAUGUCUUCCGUUGGACCCUCAGCAACACUUUCUUCCAGACCGAAUGGAGCAACCCGUCUCUGGGCGGCAUCAUCGCCAACGGCGAGGUCCCGUACACGGGAAAUCUGGUUAUCGAAGCGCCAAAGCUGGGCGAAUGGAUCUACAUCAUCAUGGAUUCCAUCCUGCCGGUGCCGCACCCCAUCCAUCUCCAUGGCCAUGACUUUUUCAUUCUCGCACAAGGUCCGGGCUUAUACAACAGAAACAUUCCUUUGAACCUCAAUAACCCGCCGCGUCGUGAUGUCGCCCUCAUGCCUGGCUCAGGUCACCUCGUCAUCGCCUAUCUCGCCGAUAAUCCCGGCGUCUGGCUGCUGCACUGUCACCUCGGGUGGCAUAAUGCGAUGGGCUUCGCGUUGCAGAUUGUCGAGGGUCUUGAUGGAAUCAAUGGUACUAUUGCUGAUGCAGGCCAGUUCGACCGGACAUGUCGAAAUUGGAAUGCGUAUGCUUCACCUCUCGGUGUUGUGGCGCACGAUGCCGGCGUUUGA